UUACAUAGUGUUGAUAUUUUAACAGCACCAAUUUACUAUACUAUAUCAAAGGUAGAAAAAUCUUCAGAUUCUAUUUCAGAUAUUCCAAUAUUAGCAAAGCUUACUUCUUUUCUUACAAAAAAAGGGCAUAAAACUAGAGCUGCUGGAAUAACUUUUAAAGUACUUCAUAUUCUAGAAAAUUUACAAUCUCAAGAUACUUUACGUGUUCAUCCUAUUGAAAUUAUUCAAACUGCUCUUCAAAAUGCGAAACCAGUAUUUGAACUUCGUAAAGCACGAAUUGGAGGAAAUACACAGUUUGUUCCAGCAAGUUUAUCUUUAAAUAAACAAGAAAAUAGAGCGAUAAGAACGAUUAUUUCUAAUGCGAAUGUAAAACAUAAAAAAGGAAUAAAAGCAAAAAAUCCUAUGAUGUAUACAUUUGCAUAUUCACUUGCAGUAGAAUUUUUUGAUGCAUACAAAAAUCAAGGAAAAGCUUGUCAAGAAAAAAAUCUACUUCAUAAGCAAGCAGAGAAUAACCGUCAAUAUAUACAUAAACGAUGGUGGAAAUAA